AUGCCGGAUGAGCUCCACAUCAUUGAUGUGCUAGGAGAUGCUUUGUGCAAGGAUUGUUUUUACGCUGCCUUUGAGAUUGAGAUUCAUCACACUAUUACAACAGGGAAGCUAUUCACCAGAGGGGAAAGAGUAGCUGUCGGAGCAUCGGGAGGCAAAGAUUCCACAGUAUUAGCUUACGUGUUGAAGCUACUCAAUGAAAGAUAUGACUAUGGUCUUGAUCUGGUUCUUCUCUCUGUUGAUGAAGGAAUUACAGGAUACAGAGAUGACUCACUGGAGACAGUAAAAAGGAACCAACAGCAGUAUGAUUUACCCUUGAAGAUUGUCUCGUAUGAGGAAUUAUAUGGCUGGACAAUGGAUGCAAUUGUAAAGCAGAUUGGUCUAAAAAACAAUUGUACAUUCUGUGGUGUGUUUAGACGGCAGGCGUUAGACCGAGGUGCAAUGCUUGUAAAUGCAGACAAGAUCGUCACAGGACACAAUGCUGAUGACAUUGCUGAAACAGUUCUUAUGAACAUCCUCAGAGGUGACAUUGCAAGGCUGAGGAGAUGUACAGAUAUUAUAACAGGUGGAGAAGGAGCGUUGCCACGAUGUAAACCAUUCAAAUACACCUAUGAGAAGGAGAUUGUGAUGUAUGCAUACUUCAAGAAGCUGGAUUAUUUCUCUACAGAGUGUAUCUACUCUCCCAAUGCUUAUCGAGGCUAUGCUAGGGCGUACCUCAAAGACCUUGAGAAGAUCAGGUCCACAUCCAUCAUUGAUAUCAUUCAUUCUGGAGAGAGUCUAUCAAUAAAAAAGGAUGUUAAAAUGCCUACUCAAGGAACCUGCUCAAGAUGUGCUUACAUCUCCAGCCAACCUGUUUGUAAGGCUUGUACACUCUUAGAAGGACUCAAUAAAGGCCUGCCAAAGCUUGGAAUUGGUAAACCACACAAGGCGAGACAGAGAUUGGAUGCUGUUGAUCACAAGGCAUCAGGAGACUCAUCAAAGCCCUCAUCAUGCCAUCUACCAGUAUCUUCAUCGGUAGCAACAUCAUCAUCGUUGUCAUUAUCAUCAACAUCAUCAUCGUUGUCAUUAUCAUCAAAUACUGCUGAAGUGAAGCAGGUCGUCGACUUUUGACAGGCUCAGGUUUUAAUCAUCAUAAAAAAAUAUAUAUUUUUAAAAUGUAUUGGGAUUGAGUGGCUGCAUACAUUGGUUUAGACCAAAUACGAAUCAUUUGUGGUGCCUUUAAAAGAAAUGUAUCCUCCUGUUUCCAGUGAGGGCCCUUUAUUGGAUUAAGUUAAACUGGACUUUUAUUCAAACUAUGAAAUAGAUAAUAAUGUCGCUAGUACUUAGCAGGAAUAUUUCUUUUACAUGCUUAUAAAUAUUUCUCUAGCUAUGAUUUCUGCCACUAUCCGAAGAAAAGUUAAAUAACAAUUGAUAUAAAAAUGAAUAAUAAUAAUACCAACAUGCUUAUAUAGCGCAUAUCACUGCCAAAUGCGUCCCUAUGCGCUUAAUUGGAUAUAUUACCCUGGCUUUAGCCCCGCAGCCUUAUUUUUCUGGUAGGAAAAAUUGUGAAUGUAUAAUAUCCUCUUUGACAAUAAUUAUCGUACAAAACUUUAUAUUCUAUGUUUUUUAAUUUGCAACUUGCCAUUUGUUGAGCUGAAUAGUAUUCGGAGUUCAAUGUUGAUUACGCCACUACCAAAGGCGAGACAAAAAAGCAAGCAGUACAGAGAGAACUUGAAACAACUUUUGAUACAUGAAUUUCACAUGUCAAAGCAAAAGAAAGAGAAUAGUUGGGGGAAAAAAAUUGGAAAAAAGAAUAAGAAUAUAAUCUGUAGCAUCCAUUUUUAUGGACUCUCAUGAAAUGAUAAAUAGAAAAAAGUUGAGAAUUUAUUCUCCAUUAAAACCUAUUGCAAGAUGUGUCAUUGAAAGUUUGUUUGAUAGCAAAAGAAGAAUUGUAAAGUAUCUUUCUCUUUUGGAUGGGUGCCAAUUUUUUUGUAUAAUUCUCUUGGAAUAAUAAAGAGAAAAAGUUGUUAUGUUUAUUCUCCAUCAAUCCCUACCGUUGUAGUAAAUGGUGUUUUAUUUUGUCUGAUGACAAAAGAAAUAAGUGUGUCCCAUCAGAUGGGUGCUAUUUAUUCUUCAAUAUGCCUCUGAAUUAAUAUCUUCUUAUCCUUAACAAGCUGAGGGUAAGGUGAGUUAUCAUCUGGGUAUUGUGCAGACCAUUCCUUCAAUAGAAUUUCAAAGUUUUCUCGGUCCAACUUAGAGUACCUACAGUCAAAAGGAAUGUCAUACUGCAAGAUCCAUGGACGAGGAUUUUUCACCAGAUUUCCCGUUGUGGGGGUUUAUAUAUCAGUGGUAUAGAUGUUUUAGUAGGUAAAAUUUAAAAUGUCCGCUUUAUGGUCAAGUAUUGUAGUUGUUACGAACACUAUCUUUAUAUCAAUUCACAUUGUAGUGUUGGUGCCAUGAACUGCCAUCCCUUCAAAAAACCAAAAAAUCUUGCAAUAUCUUUAUUUACAAAGUUUCUUGCAAUUUUCUUGCGUGCACUGUCGUGACUUUGUUGAGUUUGGGUAAGAGGGUAAUUCAUUUUUUGUAACCACCCAUCGUAAAACAAAUUGACAAUGGAGUUAGUGUGACAUCCCUUCUAUUCAAUCGAACUGUCUUUAAGAGGUGAACGAAAGGUUCACUAUUAUAGGUUGAAAAACUUGCAUAUUUUAAUCCUAAAUUUUCUCCUAUCCCUACCUGGAAUCUUGCAAACUCCCGUGGAGCUUUGCCGUGGAGCUUUGCCGUGAAGCAUUGGAUUAAUUCUCUUAUGAAAUUUGAGCUGGUAUUUAGUAUCUCCUCUGGACUAUAAUUCUAGAAGGGUUUCAGAAUAGCUCAGUGUCUCGUCGAACAUUUUACCAUGAAAGCACAGCCGAUAGUAGUUUGGAUCUUCAUUGCUGUGAAGAAUAAAACUGUUGGCUGUAAGUUUGUCUCUUAAGAAGGAAAAUAUUCCAUGACCAAGGUCCUUCACAGCUAUAACUCUUGUCAAAGAGGUAUACGAGCCAAAUCAGUUCUGGCAGUAACUGCAGAAUAUGAUUACACCCGUUGGGAAACAUCCUAACUGCUACUAGUUGGACUCGUUCCCCGAUGACAUCCCUGAACACAUAAUGCAUAAUGGUACUCCUGUCAGCAGUUGUUUCUCUAACGGUUGAAUCGGCGUCAGAUGGAAUGGCUUGCUAUAAAGUCACGUUAUCAAUCUUUCGCCUGAACUCUUGACCGGCAGGAAAAGAAGUGACACUUAUGUGAUCAACUUCAGCUGCGUCAGUCUCCAUGGAGUCAGACUUGGCUUUGUCUUCAAGCAUACAUUGCAGUUUCUCACGACAAGACUUCGCCUCUUAAAAGGCGAUCUGCUUGCGUUUGAAUUCAGCUCAUACUCCUUUGUCCCCAAUAUGCUUGUCAGCAUAAUCGAGGCCUUGAGAUUCAACUUCUUUUGGAUCGGCCCCUACGGCCUUCCGAAGUUGAGAUAACUCUUUGCGCUAUAGCUUCUGAUAGUCUUCUUGGGUUAGAGUGUAACUAACUCACACCCGAAAGGGAGAUAGCAGCCGUAAGGCACUCUCUAACCCCUGACAACCGUUCUCUUUUACUACGGGAUCUCUUGACCGGACGGUCAGGGCCCUCAGUUGAAGAGGAACCAUUCUAGGUUGAAGCACGUAUUUUAAUCCGAAAUUUUCUCCUAACCCCACAUGGAAUCUUGCAUUCUCCUGUGGAGCUUUGCCAUUAAUCAUUGGAUUAAUUCUCUUAUGAAAUUUGGGCUGGUAAUUAGUGCCCCCUGUGGGCGAUAAUUCUUGAAAAAGGUAUUCAGAACAGCUCGGCAUGUCCUUGAACAUUUAACAGUUAAAACACGGCCGAUAGUAGUUUGGAUCUUCAUUGUUGUGAAGAAUAAAAUUGAUGGCUGUGAGUUUGUCUCUAAAGGAGAAAAAUAUUCCAUAACCAAUUCUUGACAUGUAUAUUGUCCGAGAGGCAAUCCUUCCUUCUGCAGUUGUUAAGUAUGGAGAAAGAAAAAUAGGGGUAUCAAUAUUGUUACCAAUACAACGGCGUUCCCCUUAAUAGUCACAGUUACCAAACUCCGGAUCAUCAAUAAUCAUCAUCAGGCUUGGUCCACAAUAAAGCACACAUUUACUAGGUGUUUAGUAGCAUAUGUACAAUUAUCUACAUUUGAUAUACAUGUUCGGAUCCAUUCCAUUGUCUGUCUCCUAGUCUGCAGAUGUAUUGAAUAAUACGUACUAGUCAGAGAUAUAAAGCAAUUUAUGUCAAUAUGACUCACCUAUCUUUUCUUUGUUCUCCAUAAUUCUCUUUACUAUGGAGAUCCUCAUCCCGUGUUUGUACUCUUCCACAUUCCUCCUAACCUGCUGAAUUGUCUUGUUCAUUCUUGUAAAAGUAAACUAUCUCAGGAUAAAAGAAUGGAGGCCGACUUCCUUUCAGUUUGUUGUAUAGUGUUGACCUUGGUAUCCUACAUUGAGCUAAUGCCUGCCACUGGGACAGUUCACCCAGACAAACCCUGUUCAGGGAACCCUCCAGUGAUGCCUCUGAAGCCGCGCGAGCCUAAAAAUCAACAAGUAAAAUACCACUUACCUGUUUUCAGGUCCGCUCUGGCUGUAUUCCAGUCAAGAGAGACUUUCAGUAAUAUCCAGAUGUGUCUUGUCCAAUGUCAAAAUCUUAAGUGCCGGGCGGAUAUGGUGUAAAAAAAGUAAUUUGAAAUGGUACUGCAAGGUGUACGAAUCAUCAAGAUCGUGGAAAGAGCUCGUCCUCAGACUGGGAGAGUUUUAUGAGAAUUUGGAACUCGCAAAGUUUAGUUUCAACUGUGAUCGCCUAAAAAAGGCAAUAAGAGCCGAAUAUUCUUUCAUGGCUAUCAUAGUCCAGGCACAAAAGCAAUUCCCCAGCUUCUUUAGUUCAAACACACAAAAGAAGGGCCUUCGGGUUGCUGUUAACGGCAAAUGCUGUAAAGCUGCAGCCAAGGCAUCCCAACCUCGACCUCAAUCAAACAUUCAAUCUUAUCCUAUUUCGAAUAGCUUUAUUUUAACACUUUUAAGAAAUGUAUUUAUUUACAUAUGUUUUAUGUAUAUAUCUGCAUUUUGGUUUAUAUUGAAAAUAACACUGAUUAACCUAAAUAAAUAGACUUUUCUAUUCAUGUAGUAAGUAAAAUAAUUUUUUCCUUUGCAGCUACGCUGACAUGCGCUCAAGCUCCAUCGGCUCCUCAUACAUCCCAAGCAAUAAUCUAAACACCUCAAAAUCAUAUGACUGAGACUUACAUGUAUGUAGCACGGGAACAUUUUGGGUAGGGGAGGAUCUUAUACUUGACAAUACAAAACAGUGCAGCGGAAGGAUUUGAUACAAAGAAUCCCCACCCUGUCCGUCUACAGAGACUAUAAAUUAGAUAAAUACUUAUGUUCUAAUUAUUUUGAUAUGUAAUAAUCACAUAUCACAGAAUCAAACACCAUCAAUCAACAACAUUCACACUAUGUUAUUAACUAAUGUAAUUAAUAAAACCUCAAUAAAAUAACUAACAUACACAUUAUAUAAAGGAUAUGUUCCUUUAAUUCUAAACUAACAAAUUAACAUUAUGUACAUGAUGUUUAUAGUGAUAAAAAGAUGAUGUAACUCUUGGUUACAUACAUGUAGUUAUUCAGAAGACACAAUGAUACCUAAAACUUAUUAAACUGAACAUAACUUUAAAACAGUUGUCAAACAACUACUGAUAUCAAGACUAACAUAAUUUGUUUAAGACAUUGAGGGUCUCGGUGCAGAAAUAAAAUGUUUCACGGUCAGACAACUGGUGACCUGAAAAUCAUGAAAAGGAGAAGUUACAUGAGAGUAACUUUAUGGGGGAUGUUUCCUCUCCAUCUUGAAAGUUAUGAAUGAGUUAAAUAAUCAAAAUAUGAUUAAAUAUUUCUAAUAUUAAACAUCAAAUAUCACACUUUAUCUCAACUAGGAUAAGUAAAUCAUAAGAAAUUCAAACAUUAAAUAAGAUGUAGAUUAUAGAAAUACAGAAGCAAGGUACUGUGAUUGGCGCCAUCUUCUCCGCCCAUAAGAAUCUUCUUUUCCAAAUAAACCUGGACGCAAGUUUUGGCUCCUUUUCAUGAGCAAGAGAUGAUUUGGCGUGAGCGGCUCUUGAUCAUGAGCAUCCAUGCUAAGUUGGGUUAGUGGCCGAGCGUUCAAUAUGGCUUCCACUUCCGCCAUGACUGUGGGGAGAACUUCGUCGGACACAACUUGUUCAAGUAUCUUGCAAGUCGAUCUGAUCAUUCGCUCCCAGACGCCUCCCAUGUGGCUAGCUGUCGGUGGAUUGAAUGAUCACUCGAUCCCUUUCUGAUGGAGGAUGUUUUCUACUUCUCGAGUGUUGUGACAUGGUGAUUACUGGGUAGAAUUAUGGGGUGCCUUGCUUCAAAGUCAACGGCGGCGUUGCUAAUACGUCCUCCGACUCGUAGAAUACCAUCCUUCACUACUGGAUUGAGUUUGUUGAUCGAUUUCCGUUGAUCUCUGUUGUGGAAUUCUUGUUCCUGGACAAGUCUGAUGAUUUCUAGCUCUGCACACUGCAGUUCAUCUAGCGUCAGGUUCUUCUUAGAAUCAUGUGCGACUGGUCCCUUGGUCUUCGCUCGAAGAAGGGUGGGUUGGCUUGUUACAAUAUUAUACAUCCAAUUCAUGAGAUCAAAAUAAUGAAGGUAUAGAUACUUGCGCCAAGUCUGUCAUUUCUCGCAAUGUGUGUGGGGUACAAGCCACUCUUAUGUUUCGUCCUCAUACGACAUCUUGUAUCGUUCGCUGUGAUUUGAUUUUAGACAUAGACAAGAUGUCUUUACCCCAUUUCUCUUCUCAACAAGAGCAUUUGCUACAGCUCUGAUGGUCCCAGACACUGAAGCUAUGCUCACUCCAUGCAUUGAAUCAAUAGGCAUGAGAAGUCCACCAGUCCCAAAGAAGGACCGUUAGAGAUGAAGACCUGCAGGGAGUCAUGCAGGGAGAAAUGCUCUCUUCACCAUCUCUUGUUAUUUUCUUACAUUGCUCAUGUCAUAUAUUGUUGAUUUGAUUUUUUCUUGUAGGCCACUAUCAUGAUUUUAAUUGUGUUUUAAUAGUGUAAUUGACUACAACUGAAUACUUUCAUCCGAGGGGUCCACGAUUCACAAGCAGAGCUUCACAGUGGACCUAUAAAAUACAAACUGAAUCAUAAAAAUUAGUUUCUCACUAAUGCUUUAUUCUUGCACAGUGCCUCCUUCGUUAAUCUCCCUUUUCUUUGAAUCCAGAUAAGGAUCAAUUUUCGCAAGACUCCGAGGCAUGUUUGGUGCAUAUAAUCCACAGGAAAUCUGUUUACCAUAUCAAUUGGUAGUUAGUAGAUGGGCUAUCCACUAUGUGGUGCUUUGAAUCUUGUUCAUUUAUGGUACAUUACUUGACUCUUUUACUUGUCCAAUUGAGUACACUUGUCACAUCUGUGGUGUCCAGAAUAUAACUUUAUACCCUUCACCAUGGCUUUUGCAAUCUUGAGCUUGGA